AUGCGAAGUAAAAUAAUAUUAAAUUUAAAUAUUAAACUUCUAUCAGGUUUAAUAAAUAUAUUGUUAAAUGGAUUAAUUAUUCGUUAUGUUAAUUUAAAUAUAAUUGGAAUAGCUAAUAUUCGUCUUAAAUUAUAUUAUAGAACAAUAUUAUUAUUUUCAAGAGAAUCUCUUCGUCGUACAAUACCCAAUAUUAAUAAUAUUCAUUCAAUAUAUCAUUAUAUUAAUUUAAUAUGGUUAAUUAUUCCUCUUGGAUUAUUUUUUAUGUCACUUUCUCUUUUAUUAAUAUUGUUUAUUGAAAAACUAAAUAAUGAAAAUUUCGGUCUAUAUUAUAACGAAUCUUGUUUUACUUAUUUUUUAUCGGCAUUCAUUGAAUUAUUAUCAGAACCAUUUUAUUUAUUAUCUAUAAUAACAGAAAAUGAUUAUAUUCAUAUUUAUAUUGAAUUUAUUGCGUCAAUUAUAGAAGAACGUUAUCGAUUAUUUAUAAUAUCAUCAUUUAACGAUUUAUUAAUAAAGUUUAUAUAUCCAUUUGUUGAUCAUAAACUUUUUAAUAAAACAAUCCCUAUUUUAAAACAAACUAUUUCAAUGAAAAUUUUAAGAGAAGCCGAUUUAUAUAUAAUAACAAUAUUUUCUUUAAUAUCAUAUGAAGAACAAGCUAUUUAUCAUAUGAUUUAUUUAUUUGAAUUUUUUUUUCCAAAUUUUAUUUUUUCAACAAUUCAACAAAUUUCUUUUUAUUACUUUCAACAAACAUUUUUAAGAACAAAUAUAAAUCGAUAUAUGAUUGUAAAUAGUGAAUAUAUUCAAGAUGAUCUUAUUUUAUUAAAACAAAAACAAAAACAAAAACAAGAUUAUGAUCAAUCAUAUUAUCGAUAUAAUCAACAACCAUCAACACCAAACGGUAUUUAUAUCAUAGGACUUUUUACUUAUUUAUUUAACAAUUAG